AUUGAUACCCCCAAGAUGAAGUCCUCCAAGAUCCAUAAGAUCGCCUCCGUUCACUCCAAGUCCGUUUCCGUGCUGAACUUCGAGGAACGCUUUAGGGAUAGCAUAGACCCUGCUCAGAUAAAUCUGGUGACCGAUCUUGACGAUAUGUUCUUCGCCAACUCCAACCAGCUGGUCCAGAGUCUCAGCAGCCGCAAUCCUUUCCUGGCAGCCAAGUUUAAGUUGUACGCGGACAUCCUCUCCAGACUUCAUGGCCACUAUCUCAACGAGGUGGAGCAAAAUAAGGCGCUACAACUGAAAAUGAAAACGGCCGAUGAGAAGCUUAAUUUGGCGCUGAGGACGACAGCCACCUCGGAGGCGAUGAUGGAGCACCUGCGCGAGUCCUUGGAGGAGUCGUGGCGCAACCAGGAUGCAACCAAGAGUCGUGAGGAGACCAUGCAGAUGCAAUUGAUGGCACUGGUGCAAGCCGAUCCAUCGACGACAAGCAGGGUGAUGCACGAUCAGAUGCCAACCACUAUCAAGGAAACCCAUCUGCAGCGCUUGGUCUUCAAGGAGCGCGAUCGUUUGGCCCUCGAGCUGAAGGACUACCAGAAGCGCCUGCAAACCAAUCGCCUGUACUCCGAAUCGCUGGAGGGGAUGAUAGAAUCAUCUAGGGAAAUGGUCAGCAAACUAAGUUCGCGGGUGAAGCAAAUCGAAAGUGAGAACUAUCGGCUGGAGCACAAAAUAACUGUGGAGACGGACAAGUACGAGGAACGACUGAUGCAGGUCAACAAGGAGCUGGCAUGCGUAGUGCAGCAAAACAUGGAAUUCCAGGUGGCCGAGAAGACGCUGCAAGAGCUAAUGACCGCCAACGAGGCACUGAAGCAGCGCAACGAACGUCUCCAGCGGGAGAACUUUAACUUCGCCAAGUCCUUUCGCCUGCAGGAGGAGGAGAAGCUCAAGCUGCAGCAGAAUCUCAAGAUGGUCGAGGGAUUCAAUGAUGCCCAGCGAAGGGAUUAUGCUGAUCUGGAUCUCUCACGCCGCGCAGCCGAGCGGGAGGUGAAGAAGAAGGCGGACGACUCGAUGAUCCUGGAGCGACGAUUCCACCAGCUGUCCAAGAAGAACGCGGAGCUCAACGAUCAAGCCGUGGUUCAUCGAAAUGAGAUCAAGGUUCUGGAAAAGAAGAUCUUAAUGACCUCGGCCAAGCUGGACGAGGUCAUCCGGCAGAAGGAGGAAAUGGGUCGCUACCGGGACAAGCUGAGGAUCGAGAUAACGCGUCUUAAUGAUACAGUGGCCGGAGUGCGACACGAAAUCGCCAUUGUGCGCCACCAGAUGCAGGAUUUGCAGAACGACCUUCAUCGGGCCAACAAGCAGCUGGACGAGAAGGACUUGCAGGUGCAGAAAAUAGCCCGUGAAAAGAGGGAGCAGAGCCUGGAGCUGAAUGAUGCCUACAAGAAGAUCGAUGGCAUCGAGGAAUCCCUUGCCCAGAAAACAGAGCGAUUAGAGUCCCUCCAAGUAGAACUGCAGCAAAAGCAGCUGGAUUUCAUCAACGUCAAGAAGCAAAUGGAGAACAUCCACUCGGAGAAGGUGAUGCUGAUGAAGACGAUGGACAUGUGCUCGCGGGAUCGCUCCACGCUGCAGAACAAUGCGACCAAGCUGACGCACCAGAUCAACCAGAUGACCAGCGCACUGGCGCUCAACGAGAAGGAGAUCUCCUCGCUGGGCAACCAGAUUGAGCAGCUGCACCGCACCGUGAAGCAGAAGCAGAACGAGAUCCACGCCAAGGGUCGCUUGUUGGCCGGCACACGGAGCGAUCUGCGGGAAAUGAAGAUCAGGGUGGAGCAGGCUCAGCACACGAUUGACACCGAUGAGAAGCGCUUCAAGCAGAUGGCCUGUGCUUUGGACGAGGUGACCAAGGAGAAGAGUCUGGUGGGCCUGCAAAUGGUCAGGAGGAAUGAUGAGGUGCAUCUGCUGAGGGAGAAAUUGGAUAUGAUGCAGAAGGUCAUCGAUCGCGGGACGAUGCAGUACAACCAGAGGCUGGAGGACAUUCGAUUGCUCAAGGUGGAGGUGGUGAAUCUGCGUUCAUCGCACGAGUGCAUGCAACGUGAGGUGGGCAACAAGGCGGCCAUGCGGCAUGAUGUGAUCCGACUGGAGCGCCAGCUCAACCGGGAGAGGCUCAAAGUAUCCGCCUACUCGGAGGAGCUGUCGCGCCCCUGUCGCAUCCAUCGCUGGCGAGUCCUGCUGGGCAAGGAUCCGCGACAUUUCGAGCUGAUACGCAAGAAUCAGCAUCUGCUGAAGCGUAACAUUCGAUUGUCUGUAGAGAGGGAAAAUAAGGCCAAGGAGUUGAAGGAGUUACUUCGCGUCCAUGAGGAGUUCAAGCGGCAGAUCAGGAACCUGCCCGAUCCCAGUGUCCGCCAGAAGCUCUGCGUCCAGCAGCGCAUCAAUCGCCGCCAGAUCCGCCAGCUGAAGGCCAUGAAAGCCGAGCUUCGGAUCAACGACAUCGAUCUCAAGGCCCGGGAAAACCUGAUAGAGGGUUUCCAGAAACAGUUGCGCCUACAGCAUCAAAAGAAUCAAGAGUCCUUCAUUGGUAGGAGGGAUUUUAAGAUUUACAUCCCCAAGACCAUCGAUGAUAAGUGCAUGGAUAACGUUUUCGACUUUACGUCCACCUGCGAGGAUAAAGCUAAUCCAAAUGAGUGUUUGCCUUGA